AUGACUAUUGGUGAGAAUGAUAAUCAAUCAACACCAACUGUGAAUGAGUCUCUCAACCAGUCAGGGGUUGAUACCAGUAGUCCCUUGUAUAUGCAUCCAUCCGAUAAUCCUGGGACAGCUUUAGUUCCCGCUCCAUUCGAUGGUUUUGGUUAUCGAUCAUGGAGAAGAGGUGUGAUGCGAGCAUUAUCUGUGAAGAAUAAGUUGGGAUUUAUCAACGGAGAGUGCAAAAGACCAGAUCUAGAUUCAUCAAAAUUCCGCCUAUGGGAAAUGUGUGAUGAUAUGGUCACAUCAUGGAUCCUGAACUCUUUGACCAAGGAAAUUGCAGAUAGUGUUGAAUAUGUAGCUGAUGUAUUCGAAUUGUGGAGAGAACUUGAGGAUCGGUAUGACCAAACAAAUGGGACAAAGCUGUACCAAAUUCAGAAGGAGAUCAAUGAUCUAUCUCAAGGAUCCCUUGAUAUCACUAGUUAUUACAUGAAAAUGAAAAAGUUAUGGGAGGAACUUAAUACCUUGAUUGCCAAAUCUCAUUGCACUUGCAAUUGUUUAUGUGGAGCUAAGGAAAGUAUGCAUAAGGCUGAACAGGAUAGGAGACUCAUACAAUUCCUUAUGGGAUUGAAUGAGACAUACACUGUUGUUCGAGGCAGCAUAUUGAUGAUGAAUCCUCUUCCCUCAAUUGCUCAAGCAUUUUCUCUGUUAAUCCAAGAGGAAAGGCAGAGGGAAAUUAAUCCAAGUAUCCAUUUAGCACUGGAGUCAUUAGCCUUGAAUGCUAACACAAUCAGACCUAGGACAUUCAGAACAAAUUACUCUCCCAACAACAAUCACAACAACAGGAAUAGACCUUUCUGUGACUAUUGUAAGAGGCCAGGACACACCAAAGAAAAAUGUUACAAACUUCAUGGAUACCCACAGAACUUUGGCCACAAUCAAAAUCUAAACACAGGUCAAAGCAAUUUCAAUCAAAAUGCUAGGCAGAAUCCCAACUAUUAUUACAACUCAAACAACAACAACAGUAACAGAUUCAGUAAAGAGAAUGAGAAGUAUGCCAGUCAUGACAAUGCUCAGAAUGUUAGUCUUACCCAAGAAGGGUACAGCCAGUUGGUGAGCCUGCUACAACAGUUUCAGUCAGCAGGAAUAGGAGACCAUGAAGUUGGAGCCAAUGCUACUUCAGGAGCAACAAACUUUGCAGAUUCAGGAGCAUCAAAUAACAUGACUUUCAACAGAUCCUUAUUAACCAACAUAACAAACUUACCUUAUCCCAUGUUAGUCAUACUUCCAAAUGGCUACAAAGUAAAGGUGACAGAAAUUGGUAGUGUGAUUCUCAUCUCUAAGAUCACUCUAGAUAAAGCUUCAAUGAAGAGGCCUAUGGUGAUUGGUAAAGUGAGAGAUGGGUUGUACAUCCUAUGCCCAAGUUGUUUGAAGAAGAACAAUGCAAGCCCUGCAGAAAAGGACAAUCACAUACUACCUACCAUUUCUGCUUGUUGCACUUGUAACACACACUGUCCCUCUCAUUCUACUGUAGAUAUACCAGUUCAUACCAAUAAGUGUGUGUCUUUUCCAAUUUUAAGUAAUUCAUGUGCAAGUGCUAAAGAACAAACUUCUUUUGCAAGUCCAUCUUCUGAAUUACCUAGCAUAUUGUCUCAUUCUUGGGCUGAAAAUAAUGUGAAUGUGUUGUGGCAUAAUAGACUUGGACAUGUCCCCUUUGUCAAAAUGAAGAAGAUUACCUCCAUACCUACUAACUUCUCCCCCAAACAACCUUUUAACUGCACCAUUUGUCCAAUGGCUACAUUUUCUCAGAAAACCAGCACAACUAACAAAAUCUUUGAACUUUUACAUGUUGAUCUGUGGGGUCCAUAUCAUGUCCCUACACAUGAUAGACAUAAAUAUUUUAUCACCAUAGUGGAUGAUUAUAGCAGGUCCACUUGGACUCACCUCUUAUCCAGUAAAAGUAAUGUCAUUGAGAUACUCAAAAAUUUCAUGAAUCUGGUGGAGAACCAGUUUGGUGUAACCAUCAAGUCCAUAAGGUCAGAUAAUGGACUGGAGUUUACUAGUAGAGAAGCAACUGUUGUUCCAAUCUAA